AUUUUGCCAAUGUGACCGGCUCUUUGAAUGACAAUGGAGUGUGCCAAUGCUCAGUGUACCUGCCAGAUACUGUGUUUCCUGUGCAGAAGGUCGAGAUUCUGGAAAUCACAGCCCAAGUGCUUUCUGAGAAAUUUGAAAGAGAACUUACUAAAGUUAGCCAAUAUACCAAAGCAAUUGAAAUGUAUGAACAGAAAAUCCGAAACCUAACCAUCAAAGUGGAACAUAUGGAGUCGACCAGUGUUUCUUACACUGAGUUGGACUUUCAGUUGCUGAAACUGGAAAUCAAUGAAAUGGAGAGACUGGUCACUCAGUUGAAAUCCAUACUUGUUGGAAGCAAUGUGAUUGUUAAACAACUAUACAUGGAGAUCAAGAAUCUGACUCUCAUGGUAAAUGAUCUGGAAUCAUCGGACAAAAACAAUAUCCUUGCAAUCCAUCAAGAAAUUGUGGCUCUCCAGAAUCGAUUGAAGGAAUGUGAAAAACAUAGAAAUCAAACCACAACACCCUCCUAUUUCCCACCAGGCAGCUGUGGUCAUGGUGGGCUUGUGAAUAUCAGCCAGCCCUAUGUUGUACAGCUGAACUGGAGAGGAUUUUCCUUCAAAUAUGGUUUCUGGGGUAGGGAUUCCUCUCUUUGGACUCUGCAGAAGGACCUAUACUGGGUUGCACCUUUGAACCCAGAUGGGAGACUCUUAGAAUAUUACAGACUUCAUAAUUCCUAUGAUGAUUUGCUGCUAUUAAAAAAUGCUCGAGAGUUAAAAAUUCAAUAUGGGGAAGGCAGUGGCACCGCAGUUUACAAUAACUUCAUGUAUUACAAUGUAUAUAAUUCAAGAGAUAUGGGCAAGCUCGAUUUAAACACAAACACAUUGGCUGUGAGGAAAACUCUGCCGAAUGCUGCUUAUGGUAACCGUUUCUCUUAUGCUGGUGUUGGGUGGCAAGAUAUGGACUUUGUUGUGGAUGAAAGUGGAUUGUGGGUAAUUUAUUCAACCGAGGACAACACAGGUUACAUUAUGAUUAGCAAACUCAAGGAGACCACACUUGAUGUGCUCCAUACUUGGAAUACAAGGCAGUACAAGCCAUCCAUUUCCAACGCUUUCAUCAUCUGUGGUGUUCUAUAUGCCACAAGACCUGUCAAUACUAGGAAAGAGGAAAUAUUUUACACAUACAACACAGACACUGAACAGGAAGGUAAAAUUAGCAUAAUUAUGGAUAAAAUGUUAGAAACAAUUCAAAGUAUCAACUAUAACCCCUCAGACCGAGUCCUGUAUGUUUACAAUGAUGGCUACCUUGUUAAAUACAAUCUUAUUUUUCAACCUAUGUUACACUGAUAUGAAUAAACACAACAACUAGAGAUCACAAAAAGUCUGAUUUUUAUAUCCCUUUGGACAAUGUGAAUGUUAAAUUAGGGCCUAAUCCUACCAAAAGUAGCUCCUGGUCAUAAGGUUUAUUCCCAUGAGCUGUACCAUUGAAGGAUAAUAAGCUCUAUGCCUGGUAACAAUUGGGUGCAAGAUUAGGUUCAUAGCUUUUUAACUGGUGUUUAGCUACAAUGGCAACAGGAGUACUAGAAAUGUCUUUGCUAUAAAAAAUAGAUUAAGUAGAUGACCUAGUGAUACACAGAACAUGCAUCAUGAUAGGGAGAUUGCUCACACACUGGUGUGCAGUUGGAGGAAUGUCUGUUUGGAUAACACAUGGAAACUAAACGGCUGUUUCAUCAUCAUUGCUCAAAGUAUGCAAGGCCAUAAAUAUCAUAUUAAAUAUUGGCCUCAAAUAAUUACUAAAAGAUUAAAAUUAGAGGAGAAUUAGAACUUGAUCUUUAAAGAGCUGCCAUUGGUUAAGCUGAAGCUGUGGAAACGGUUGCCUUGUCUCCUUCUUGCAACCCAUCAAUGUAUUUUAGAUGGCAGGGCUCCAAUGCAUUACUUUCCUAAAGUUGCACUUCAUGAAAAAAACUUAUUAACCAUUUUUGGAUGGUUGCAUUUUCUUAGUACUGUGUCCUGGGGGCUUGAUCCAAAGCCCAAUGAAAGCAGUCCCUUGGUACAUGGCACAUGCUACAACAGAACAUAAGCUAUCCAUCCUACAUGCUCCACUUAGUCCUCUGAGUCCAUUUAGUCUGCAAUUACUGUGAUCUCCAUUAGAAUCUUUCAAAAACACUCUGAAAACAAGGAGCCAAAUUAAUUGGCAGAAUAAUUCCAUUGGCAUCAAUUACCUUACAUCGGGGGUGAAUCUAGCACAUAUCUAUCAGUUACAGAAUACUGAAGUUGAGACAAAAUCAUAUGCUCUUUAUUUUUAAAAUGACACAAGAUUUUUUUAUCAAUAUCUGUACUGUAAUCAUGUCAGAAAUAGUGAGAUGAACAGUUAUGUAAAUGCAGUAAAUGUUUGCUGGUUUUCUAUUAUUAAUUCUGUCUUUAUCUUUGUCUUCUUAUAAUCUGGAUCAGUAGAUGUGAAUGAUUA